UAUAAAAGGCCCCAGCAGAACAAGCAGUCCCAACUCAGAAACUCCUCCAAGCAACCCAACUCUCAACCCAGCUCCUGACACCAUGGCCUGCUGCUCCACCAGCUUCUGUGGAUUUCCCAGCUGCUCCAUCAGUGGGACCUGUGACUCCAGCUGCUGCCAGCCAAGCUCCUGCCAGACCAGCUGCUGCCAACCAAGCUCCUGCCAGACCAGCUGUGGCAUCGGUGGUGGCAUUGGCGGUGGCAUCAGUGGUGGCCAAGAGGGUGGCUACGGAGCUGUGAGCUCCCGCACCAGGUGGUGCCGCCCUGACUGCCGCGUGGAGGGCACCUCCCUGCCUCCCUGCUGCGUGGUGAGCUGCAGCCCCCCAUCCUGCUGCCAGCUGCACCAUGCCCAGGCCUCCUGCUGCCGCCCAUCCUACUGUGGACAGUCCUGCUGCCGCCCAGCCUGCUGCUGCCAGCCCACCCGCUGUGAGCCCAUCUGCUGUGAGCCCAUCUGCUGUGAGCCCAUCUGCUGUGAGCCCAUCUGCUGCCAGUCCACCUGUUAAAAGCAAGGUUGCUGAUUAGUUAGGAAUGAAAGGGGAAGCAGAGCAAAACUGUGAUGAUCUCUGAAGAAGUGUUCAAUUUUACUUGGUUGCUGAGUAUCAUAAUGUUUCUAAGCUGCUCAGAAAUAACAAAAAUUUUAGUCAAGACCCUCUUGGAUAUGCUGCAUUAGCCCACUAAACAUAUAUGUCGGUCAGAGUGUCUGAGUAUCCUGCCUUGCCUGAGCAGGGUAGGAGGGUGGGGUAGUUCUUCAUUUCAGUGACAUCUCUGCUCUCCUCCCUAUUUCUUGAUCCCCAUAUAUUUUCAGAUCUGCUUUCUCCUUGAAUAUCCCCUGUUAAUUUCAAAUAAAAUAUUUAAAUGUGCAAAGCAAA